AUGCCAGCCAGGCUGCAUCGCAGGGAGACAGAGACACGUGGCUGUGCCACUAGUGUCCUAUUCUGCUUCCCUGUGAGCUUCAUUUGUGACACCUACAUAGUCCUCGCUUGGAAUAGCAGGGUAAAAAGCAGCCCUGACGCGCACGGCUCCUUUGAUGAGCUACACACCAGCAUACAGCAGAACAGAAGGCUUUGGGAAAGAGGGUCCCAUCAGGCGCCAGAACAGAUUAUUCUGCAGUUUGUCAAACUUGGUGCCACACUUGAUGCCCUGGAGGCAGUUUCAGUGUGA